UAGAGACAGAGAGAUACACACAGAGAACAUUCAGCAUAAAGAAGACAAACAUCCUGUGAGGAGAAUCAGAGCUGCUGUGAAGCUGAACUCAACUCACAAUGAAGAUCUUCAUCAUCUUCACAUUCUACCUCAUCUCAGGUUCAGUGAGGUGCUUUGAUGUAACUGGAUAUUCUGGAGGAAGUCUUCUUGUUGAUUCUAGGAGUCGUUGCUCAAAUAACUAUCAGAGUCUCCAAAAGCAAUCUCAGGGCAGAUGGAAUAUCCUCAUAGAUAAGUACAAACAGGAUCAGUGGAUUAAUAAAGGAAGAUUCACUCUGUAUUGCAACAAAAAUGGAAACCUCAUGAUCUUCAUCAGAGAACUGAACACAACAGAUGCUGGAAGAUACCGAAUUGGGCCUUCGAGCUUAGAUUUUAUUAAAAUGGAUUUGAAUGUGAAAGUUGAUUCAUGUUGUGAUGGUUCAAAGAGACUGGAGAUGAAAAAUGGAAGAACCGCCAUAUUCAAAUGUGAAUAUUCUGAAAGUAAUGUUAACAAUGCCAAGACUGUAUAUAAAGGAAAUAAAUCAUUUGAUGAGGUGGUCUACACCACUGACAAACGGAAGAGGAAAGGAAGAUUCAGUAUUUCUGAUGACAGAGAUAAACAUUUCUUCAGUGUGACAAUUACUGCUGUGACACCAGAUGAUGGAGGAGUUUAUUUAUGUGGAGUUCAGAUCAACAGAGACUCGUACAGUUACUCCAUUAUUACUACAACUGUUCAUCUACACAUUAUGUAUCUGUUAGGUUCAAACAGAACGCCUUCAUUGUUUGUACAGGAAGAAGAACCUCCUAAGAACACUGAAGUCGAGAUGGAGGUGAAAGAGAUGCCUCCAGUAUUUGGUCAUGAAGGAGAAUCUGUUGAGAUCAUCUGUCCUUAUGAUCCGAUCUAUAAAUCAAAGUCAAAGUAUCUCUGUAAGGGGAAGUGCUCCACUAGAGAUAGAAAUCCUCUCAUUGAGACUGUGACAGACCAGAAUGAGACCAAGACUGACAGAUUGACUCUGAAUGAUGACAUCACAGCAAGUGUCUUUACUGUGACCAUCACUGGACUGACAGCAGAGGAUGCUGGGAAAUACUGCUGUGCAAUGACAUUAGAAAGAGACGUGAAUUAUCUUUACACUCAUCUGAUCAUUAUCAGGAAACAAGAGCUGAUCUUGAAUCAGAUUGAAGGAGACGACAUCUCAAUCAAGUGCAAACAUCAUGAUGAACAUCAGAAAUUCUUCUGUAAAGGACAUCAAGCCUCAAUGUGUGUAAAGGAUGGAGUUUCAUUGGAGAGAAUCAGAGAUGAUGGAUUCUCUUUAAGUGAUGAAGCAUCUACUGGAGUCUUUACUGUAAACAUCACUGAUCUGAGACAAGAGGAUUCUGGGAUAUACUGGUGUGGAUCUGAUGUCAUCACUAAAGUCAUUCUGAACAUCAGAAGAGAUUUCUCCAUGAUCAUCAUCAUUUGUGUGUGUGUGAAUCUGCUGCUGAUUGGAGGAUUCACUCUGAUUCUUUGUAAAUUAAGACACAAGAGACAAGAAAUCACCUCAACAUCAGACAAGAGAAAGAGAGAUACAAAUAGAACGUUUCCCUCAAACUCCUCUGAUGGGCUCCUGUAUGCUGCUGUCAGUUUCCACAAACAUGAAGAUUCUCUCACUGAUGAUACAGUCACAUUCAGGAAAGAGGAGAUUCACAAUGAUUAUGCCACUAUCAGAUACUGCACAAGACUGAAAUGACUCCUCAAUGACAGAUUCAGAGCUCCACCAGUUGGAAAAAAAAAAUAGUUUGAUUUGGUUUUCA